AAGCUUGGUAUCCUCCGCAAACUUGAUAAGUGUAACAGAGAGAAUCUGUUAUUGCGAGGGUUUCACCAUGUGUCAGAUGGUUAUAUCCUGGUGGGAGGGGGCUAGGCCUGUAUUGGAAUAAGGUCACUCUGUGCUUCACAGUGUGGCAGAACCUAGAAUGUCCAUUAGCAGGGAAAAAUCCUGUGGGGAAUUGGCUUGUGGAAUGGACGAAAGCCCCAUCUGAAUUCUCUCACAUUGCCCUUCUCGUCCUGUCAGGCUACAGAAUAACAUCCAGGUUUCAGUCCAGAUCAUCCCAUUCUCCCAGGGGGAAGGAAAUGGCUGCAAUGGAGCUGGCUCAGGGGCCGGUGACUUUCGAGGAGGUGGCUCUGUAUUUCACCAGGGAAGAAGGAGCUCUGCUGGACCCCACUCAGAGAGCCCUGUACAGGGAUGUCAUGCAGGAGAACUAUGAGACGGUGGUCUUUCUGGUAGGGUUUCCAAUUUCCAAACCUGAUGUGAUCUUGCAGCUGGAACGAGGGGUAGAGCCAUGGGUCCCAGACCUCCAGGGCUCUGAGAAAGAAGUGCUCCUGAGAGCUGCCUCCACAGGUGAUGGGAUGAUGAGUGAGAAUGAGGAGGGGAAACCCCAGCAGGAAGAUGCUGAGCAAGUAGAAUCACAUGGAACGUUAUCAGGAAGGUCCAAAGGGAAUGUUUCCGGGUGUUGUGCACUCCCGGAAAAAGCAAAAGGCUGUGAGACUCAGCCGAUGCCCGAGGAAAACUUCAGUAGCCACUCAGAUCUUAUAACACAUGGCAGAAUCAACUUGGAAGGGAGACGCUACACGUGCCAUGGGUGCGGGAAAAGCUUCAGUUGUAGCUCUGCCCUUAUCAGACAUCAGAGAAUCCACACUGGAGAGAAGCCCUACACGUGCUCUGAGUGUGGGAAAAGCUUCGGUCAGCACUCAACCCUCAUCACACAUCAGAGAAUCCACACAGGAGAGACUCCCUACACGUGCUCUGAGUGCGGGAAAAGCUUCAGUGAUCAUUCAGCCCUCAACAUACAUCAGAGAAUCCAUACAGGAGAGAAGCCCUACACGUGCUCUGAGUGCAGGAAAAGCUUCAUUGAUAGUUCAAGCCUCAUCUCACAUCAGCUAAUCCACACAGGAGAGACACCCUACACAUGCUCUGAGUGUGGGAAAAGCUUUAAUCACAGCUCUACCCUGAGCAAACGUAGGAGAAUCCACACAGGAGAGAUGCCCUUCACAUGCUCUGAAUGUGGGAAAAAUGUCAAUGAUCGCUCAAACCUUAUCACGCAUCAGAGAAUCCACACAGGAGAGAAGCCGUACAUGUGUUCUGAGUGCGGGAAAAGCUUCGGGCAGCACUCAACUCUUAUCACACAUCAGAGAAUCCACACAGGAGAGAAGCCCUACACGUGCUCUGAGUGCGGGAAAAGUUUUAGUCAGCACUCAACCCUUAUCACACAUCAGAGAAUCCACACAAGGAGAGAAUCGCCCUACACGUGCUCUGAGUGCGGGAAAAGCUUCAUUGAUAGUUCAAGCCUCAUCUCACAUCAGCUAAUCCACACAGGAGAGACACCCUACACAUGCUCUGAGUGUGGGAAAAGCUUUAAUCACAGCUCUACCCUGAGCAAACGUAGGAGAAUCCACACAGGAGAGAUGCCCUUCACAUGCUCUGAAUGUGGGAAAAAUGUCAAUGAUCGCUCAAACCUUAUCACGCAUCAGAGAAUCCACACAGGAGAGAAGCCUUACACAUGAUCUGAGUGUGGGAAAAGCUUUAGUCAGCACUCACAACUUAUCUCACAUUGUCGAAUCCACGCAGGAGAGACACCCUUCACAUGUGUGGGAAAAGCUUCAAUUGGAGCUCUGACCUGAUUAUACAUCAGAGAAUCCACACUGGUGAGAAACCUUAUGGAUUCUCGGAGUGUGGGAAAUGCCUCAAAAAGAGCUCACACCUGAUUAGACUUCAGAAAAUCCACAUGAGAGAACUGUAACACAUGCCUUGAUUAGGGCUGGGCAAAGAUUUUUUUUUUUUUUAAAAAUCACAUUUGCUAAAUCCCACAUAGUGAUUUUUGCACCAUCUUCACUGUGGUCUCUCAGGUCCACCAGAUGAGUUGCCUGCUUCUGCCUUUUGCAUCUCACCUUCUUUGGGGUCAGUCCUCUGAUCUUUUCUGUCAACUGCUUUCCUUUUGAGUCACAGGAAUGUGUGUCCCUCCAGCCAGGAAUGUUCAUCAGCGCCAGGUGGGAGAGAGGGGUUUGAUUCCCAACAAGCUACACUGAGGCAAAAACUACCUGUGCCUUACGUCCACUAGGACUGUACAUGGCGUUGGCUGCUCAAGUUAAUGAUCUUGGUGUAAAAAGACCAUUAUAGUUGUAGUGCAGAUGCAGCCCAGGUGCAGUGGUUGGCAUUAGCUUUCCCCGUGACCUGAUCUAAACUUCAUCACUUUUCCUAGUCUAAACUGUGAUUAAUGUGCAUAAGUCUUGUCAAGUAAUGUCAGGCUAAGCACCGUUAGGCCUCAACCUUCCGGAACUUGCAAUAAGUGAAUACAGUUGAAUCCUGCAAGCAUAAGCAAAAUCUUUCUAGGAAGUUUUAUAGACUAAAAAGGAAACUCUGUAAAGAUAGAUAGACUUGUGGUUACUAUGGUCUGCAUCCAAAUACCUCUUUAAGCUACUCGAGCAUUUUUGCAUCUAGCAAAUUGACCACAAUUAGCCGCAUAGAGAAAGAGAUGAGCUAAGCACAGUUGCACAGUUCUUAAGUUCAAAACAACCGCAAAUACCACACUGAAACAUUUGUCCACCUUCCUUGGUUGACUUGUUUUAAAACACGGCCAGCAAAUACCAUAUAAAAGGUUCAAAGAUGCAAGUAUGUGUGUAUAUGUGUUGACCUAAAAGAGAUCACUCUUUGUCAGGCUCACAUACACCCCCUGAACCAAAGGGGCUUGUGCUUCACCCACUAUCUGUGCCUGGCCAGUGCAGGAAACGGUCAACUGAAGGUAAUGUAUCUUUGGAAGAAUGCAGGGUAAGGUUUCGGAGUGAAAACGUCUGGUUGUACUCGAGCUAGUUAAUCUUAAAUCUGUAUUAAUAUUAUAGUUUAAUUAUAUUAGUAAAUUGUUUAUGUUCUUUAAAAAUAGUACACCGCUACCUCGAUAUAAUGCCACCCAAUAUAACACGAAUUCGGAUAUAAUGCAGUAAAGCAGUGCUCCGGGGGGGCAGGGUUGCGCACUCCGGUGGAUCAAAGCAAGUUCAAUAUAAUGCGGUUUCACCUAUAACACGGUAAGAUUUUUUGGCUCCCGAGGAAAGCGUUAUAUUGAGGUAGAGAUGUUUUAGUCAAUAGUUAAUCAAUAUAUAAUAACUGUAUAUAUUUUGUGCCUAGCUGAAAGUGGGUACAGUGCUGGUGAAGCUAGUAGUUUAUAAACCAUAAUAGCUUUACAAGUCGCUGUGCCUGUCUUCAGUAUAAGUUACCAUCAAGUUUAUCAUAAAAGUCAAUACAAGUUUAUAAAUUGUUAUAUAAGGUUAUAGGUAGGUUAAAGUUAGUAAAAUAUAGUUAAUCUGUAUUAGUAUUGCAUAUAGAAUUGUAUUUAAGGGUGGUUACAGUACAUGUGAAGUUGCUAGGCAAUCAGUAAUAGUAGCGUUGCAUGUGCUUGUAACUAUUUUCAAUAUUAUUUAAUUUUUAUAUGUGCACUUAAAGGAAUAGGUAGUUAAUGCAUAUUACUUGUACUUGUCUCCAGUAUAACUUGCCAUUUGUAUUAAUCCUCACUCAAUGCUGGUCUUUAAUUCUGUUUUUCUUAUUCUGUCUGUGUUGCCUUUAUACUCGUAAAUCAUUAAAAACCUUUCUUGAGGAAUAA